CUAGAGUACCUCAUUAUGAAUUUAAGCUGCAGUGUGUGUUGCAAGUCCUCUUGGAAUCAGCUGCAGGACCUGUGCCGCCUGGCCAGGCUCUCCUGCCCUGCCCUUGGCGUCUCUAAGAGGAACCUCUAUGACUUUGAAGUCGAGUACCUGUGUGAUUACAAGAAAAUCCGCGAACAAGAGUAUUACCUGGUAAAGUGGCGUGGAUACCCUGACACAGAGAGCACCUGGGAGCCACGGCAGAAUCUCAAGUGUGUGCGCAUCCUCAAGCAGUUCCACAAAGACUUAGAAAGGGAGCUGCUCCGGCGGCACCACCGGUCAAAGCCACCCCGGCACCUGGACCCAAGCUUGGCUAACUACCUGGUACAGAAAGCUAAGCAGAGGCGGGCGCUUCAGCGCUGGGAGCAAGAGCUCAAUGCCAAGCGGAGCCACCUGGGACGCAUCACAGUGGAGAAUGAGGUGGACCUGGAUGGUCCCCCACGGGCAUUUGUGUACAUCAAUGAGUACCGAGUUGGUGAGGGUAUCACUCUCAACCAGGUGGCCGUGGGCUGUGAGUGCCAGGACUGUCUUUGGGCACCCACUGGAGGCUGCUGCCCUGGAGCAUCCCUGCACAAGUUUGCCUAUAACAACCAGGGCCAGGUGCGGCUGCGAGCUGGGCUCCCCAUCUAUGAGUGCAACUCACGCUGCCGCUGUGGCUAUGACUGCCCCAACCGUGUAGUACAGAAGGGCAUCUGCUAUGACCUCUGCAUCUUCCGCACAGAUGAUGGGCGCGGCUGGGGUGUCCGCACACUUGAGAAGAUCCGCAAGAACAGCUUUGUCAUGGAAUACGUGGGAGAGAUCAUUACCUCAGAGGAGGCAGAGCGGCGGGGCCAGAUCUACGACCGUCAAGGUGCCACCUACCUCUUUGACCUGGACUAUGUGGAGGACGUGUAUACUGUGGAUGCCGCCUAUUAUGGCAACAUCUCCCACUUUGUCAACCAUAGUUGUGACCCCAACCUGCAGGUAUACAACGUCUUCAUAGAUAACCUUGACGAGCGGCUGCCCCGCAUCGCUUUCUUUGCCACAAGAACCAUCCGGGCAGGCGAGGAGCUCACCUUUGAUUACAACAUGCAAGUGGACCCCGUGGACAUGGAAAGUACCCGCAUGGACUCCAACUUUGGCCUGGCUGGGCUCCCCGGCUCCCCUAAGAAGCGGGUCCGUAUUGAAUGCAAGUGUGGGACUGAGUCCUGCCGCAAAUACCUCUUCUAGUCUUGAGAAGUCUGAAGCCAGACUGACUGAGGGGGCCUGACGUCACCUGCCCUUCCCCCACCGCUGCCCUCCUGUUGGGGAGUGACUGCCCGGCCCUCUCACCUGCCUCCACCUGCCCCCACCUGCUCCAGGGUCAAGGCUUCGUUGAAAACUGAGUCCAGGAGUCCUCUUUCUGUGUUCCAUCCCCUCUGUGGGUUGCACUUACAAACCCUCACCCACCUUCAGAGUACAUCGAUCACAAUAAGAUUUCUUGCAGUUAGGAUUGGGGCCUACUGUGGAGGUCCAGGGGGUGAAGACUCAGCCCAGGGCCAGAAUAAAAAGAUGUUUGUUUUUGUACCUGCUUCUGCCUGGAGCCUGAGGGCCCUGCUGCAGGCCUCCCUCCAACCCCAAGGGUAUAAGAGAGCAACCCCAGGGAAGGCAGACUUCUUAGGGGAGAAUUCCCAGCUGCAGCAAAGCUGGUUGUCCCAACUACAAAAGCCUUUGUACUAAUGAUGGAAAUGGAGGUCUCCUGGGUUGGGGACUGAGGCUGGUUGGUACUGGCAGUAAGACCCGUGGAGGCUCUGUCAGGACUGCCCAUCUGAGAAGCGGGUGCCAUUUGCCACUGGAAGGGGGGUGGGUGCCUAAGGCCCACUGAGCAGUGAGAGGAAGGUAGUCCUGCCCAUCAGCCCGGAAGUGGGCAAGGCCCAAGCUCUGCUUGCAGGGAGCACAGAGAGGGUAUCCUGAGCCCUCGAGUGCCAAGGGUACUGAGAACCCUGCCCUUGGGUGUGAUAACUGCUGGGGCCAUUUGAGCUGGAACUAAGACCCAGAUAGUUGUAGAUAGCACUUAGGACAGUGAUUUGUGUUGGUUAGAAGUUGGUGAGGUGCCAGGCACUGGGUAGAGCACCUGGUCCCCAGGAUUGUCUCAGGGAAGUCUUGAAAACUACAGAGGUGGUUCCCAGGAAAAGGCCCAUGUGGCAGAAGGCAAAGUACUCUACAGUAAGUCCCCAACUUAGUAAUUGAGUUAUGAACUUUCACAGGUGUACUGUAUAAGACUCACUUUGUUGUAUUACAAGGGAACCUGACUUAAUGAACAAUCUCACAGAACUUGUUUUAAGAAGUCAAGGACUUACUGUAUAAGCCAUGAAUGAUGCGGGGAGCUUGCCCACCAGGAUAUGGUGGGGCAAGAAGGAAGCCCCUCCUGGCCAGCCUCCAGCCCUCUGCAUUCACCCUGGUCCUACUGGACUCAAAACUUAACUGUCUUGAAAUGUACAGAAGGUGAAGUCUCGCCCCCCCCUGCUCCCCUAGUCCUGGGAAGUCUCUAGGAAGCCUGUCCUGACUACCUGUGCCCACAGUGCCCCUCCGAGAGACUGUGUGCCUGUUACCAGAAGCCAGAUCCAUGUGUCUGUAUGUCUGUUCUGCCCUUGUCCCCCGGGCUGACCUUCAGGCAUGGGCUGAAGCUGGUUCUCCUCUUGUAAACCCCUCAGCCCUACCCAGCCUGGAAUGGGCACCAAUAAACUGCGUGUUGACUGAACAGACCCAGGUGUGGGGGAUGGGGAGGGGUGGGGAAGGAGGAUAAGAGGUGAAGAGCUAAAGUUGCCCAGGCUCAAGCCUCAGCCACCUGACUAACCCCUCCACUUUGGACCCUUACGGCAUCCCACUUUACCAUCUACAAAAUAU